AUGGCUGCCGGGUGUUAUCCAGCGAGCUGCAGCAGGUCUCCCCUCGUCAACGACGACGCCGCCGCUCGACGACGGCCGUUCCCCGGCGGACGCGCGUACAUCUGUCCUGGCGAACGCUGCGGCGGCAGUGGCGUCGAUACGACUGGCACCGAGACGAAUUUGGGCUUUUGGGGCCAUUGUGCUGGUGUGCUUUGUGCUGCAGAAAUACGAUUUUCCCGUAACGGCCGCGGCGGCGACCGUGGGGGCAGGAUCGUGUAG